AUGCCUUUUUGCAUGGUGACUUACAAGAAGAAGUUUAUAUGGAAUUGCCCCCUAGAUUGGCUGUCAAACAAAGUCUGCAAACUUCUCAAAAGCCUUUAUGGUUUAAAACAGGCCUCUAGACAAUGGUUUGCAAAACUAUCCACUACUCUACUUGGUUAUGGUUUUACUCAAGGAAAUUCAUAUUGUUCUUUAUUCAUUAAGAAAUUUGAAUCCUCUUUUCUAGUACUCCUAGUAUAUGUUGAUGACGUUUUACUGGCUAGUGACAGUUUUCUAGAGAUUGACUUGCUCAAAAAUUUCCUACAUGACAAAUUCACAAUUAAAGAUUUGGGGGAACUCAAAUAUUUUCUUGGCUUGGAAGUGGCGAGGUCUAAAAAGGGCAUAUCAAUCUGUCAAAGAAAGUAUGCCUUAGAUAUACUUCAAGACACUGGAAUUCUUUGUGCUAAACUUGCUAUAUUUCCAAUGGAUUCAAAUCUUAAACCUACAGCAACAAAUUCUAAUCUCUAUGAAGAUCGUUCAGCUUAUAGAAGGAUGAUUGAAAGAUUAUUGUACCUAACUAUUACUAGACCUGAUCUUGCAUACUCAGUUCAAGUUCUAAGUCAAUUCCUUGCCAAACCAGUUGUUAGUCAUUACCAAGGAACUAUUAGAGUCCUCAGAUAUCAAAAGGCUACACCUGGACAAGGUCUUUUCUUCUUCUCUUCAUCAGAAUUGCAGCUAAAGGCCUUCUCAAAUAGUGACUGGGCAGGGUGUAUUGAUACUAGAAGGAGUGUAACAGGUUUUGCCAUUUUCCUAGGCAACUCUUUGAUCGCAUGGAAAAGUAAAAAGCAGGCAACUAUUAGCAGAUCUUCUGCAAAAGUUGAAUAUCGAGCCCUUGCUACACCAACAUGUGAAAUUCAGUAG